GGUGACGCAGCUGAUGGCGUGACCCGGAAGUGGCGCAGAGCUCAGCUCUCCUCCCGGAUGACGUCACUUCAUUGAGUUGUUUAAGAUGGCGCUUCGGCCCGGAUCAGGGGGAGGUGGCAGCUUUAUAUACCCUGUAGGAGGGGGCGUUGGACCACCGCAAGGAAUGAUGCCCAUGCAGCAGCAGCAGCAACAGCAGCAGGGCUUUCCCAUGGUCCAGGUCAUGCAGCCCAACAUGCAAGGCAUGAUGGGAAUGAAUUUUGGAGCACAGAUGCCUGGUGCCAUGCCAAUACAGGGUGGGAUGGCGAUGGGCAUGCAGACUCCUGGGAUGCAGUUCAUGGGUCAGCCUCAGUUCAUGGGCAUGAGGGGCCCGGGGCCACAGUUCCCUGUGGACCUACAGAAACAGAUGGCCGAGGAGCAUCAAAAACGUCUGGAGCAGCAGCAGCGGAUGCUGGAGGAAGACCGGAAGAGAAGACAGUUUGAGGAGCAGAAACAGAAACUACGUCUACUGAGCAGCGUCAAACCCAAAACUGGGGAGAAGAGUCGUGACGAUGCCUUAGAGGCCAUCAAAGGAAAUCUAGACGGGUUCAGCAGAGAUGCCAAGAUGCAUCCAACACCAUCUUCACAGUCUAAGAAACCAGACUCAUCGCCAUCUCAUUCCUCUGUCACCUCUCAUACCCUUCCUCCUGCUUUCCCUGAAGAAGACGAUGAGUUUAGUGACUUUGUGCAGGGCCCCGUCGAUGCCUCCUCCUCGUUCCCCUCUUCAUCCCUCUUUCCAUCCUCCCCUCACACUAGCCAGCCAUUAGACACGGGGCCUGGCCAGCACCCCACUUCCUCCUCUCUCCCUCACUCUGUCCCUCCAUCUCUCCCUGUCUCACCUGCCAUCCAACACUCUUCUGUCAUCUCCAGCUCCCAAUCUGCAUUCCAAGGCCCAUCUCUGGAGGAGAAGAUGUUCACAUCUUGUGAUUUGACAGCUGAUAAGAAGGCCCAUGUUAGUUUUAAGCCACACCAGGCUCUGUCUGAACUGAGUCCCAGAGUUCAUGUCACAGCUCAGUUUCACAGCAGCACCAGAGCCCGAAACUGGGCCCAAACUCAAGAUGACUUCAAUUCAGCCUUCAUCUUAGAGACGGCACCUGAGCCUCUACCUGCAACUCAGGCUCCCCCUGCAGCAGAUAACCCACCUGUCCAGCCCACUAGCACCAGCGGUGUGGGUGUCUACCCUCAACAAGACAUGCAACCCAUGGUGCCAGCCUGGUUGUACAAUGACUCGCUCAUCCCAGAAUUGUUCAUGAAGGUCCUUGAAUACACCAUGACACCAACAGGUAUUGACACAGCCAAACUCUACCCAAUUCUGAUAUCAUCGGGUCUGCCACGGGAAGCUCUCGGACAGAUUUGGGCCUUGGCCAACCGCACCACACCUGGCAAGCUGACCAAGGAAGAGCUGUACACUGUUCUGGCUUUGAUUGGAGUCGCCCAGAGUGGUCUUACAGUCAUGAGUUUGGACAUCUUGAGUCAGUUCCCCUCUCCGCCUGUGCCCAAUCUACCUGCCAUGGCUAUGGCUAUUCCUGCUGUCCUGCCUCAGCACCAGCAGCCCAUCAUGACCCAGCCGCCCGUGUCCAUGGCCAUGCCGGUUGCUGCACCGCCUGUCAUGGGCAUAACCCCAAACCCGCCCGCACAACCACCGGCCAGCUUCAUCACUAACUUCCCUCCUGUCCAGGCUACGAAGGCUGAUGAUGACGAUUUUCAGGACUUCCAGGAAGCCCCUAAAGCUGGCGCUGGAGAUGACUCAUUCACAGAUUUCCAAGGAGAAACUGGAGGAGCAUUUCCCAGCAUGACAUCAUCAUCCCAAAGCAGUGUUCCUGCCAUGCUAACUCCAGUGUCAGGGUCUUCAUCCUCCUCCUCUGAUAAAUACGCAGUGUUUAAACAGUUGUCAGUGGAGCAGCCUGCAGAGCCCACACCUCCGGUCUCAGAUUCAGGCGACAAAUACAGUGUUUUCCGAGAGCUUGAGCAGCCUUCAGACAGAAAAACAGUUGGGGAGGGAUUUGCUGAUUUCAAGUCUGUCAGUGCCGACGAUGGCUUCACAGACUUUAAAACAGCCGACACCGUCUCUCCACUAGACCCACCAGACCAGGCCAAGUUCCAGCCAACUUUUCCUCCUCCUUUCUCUUCUUCUCAGUCUCUGUCCCAUUCGCAGCCAACCUCUCUGGCUCAACCUAGAAAUCCUCUCAACAUGGCAGACCUGGACCUCUUCACUACAAUGGCUCCUCCUGCUCCCACUACCACUGGUGACUCCAAACUCAACCUGUUCCCUUCAGCGCCGCCAUCCCUGGUAUUGCCCUCAGUUACAAAACCUCCUAGCAUAGGGGGUGAUGAUUUUGGCGAUUUUGCUCUUUUUGGCUCCUCGGCGUCCUCCGAAGUAGCUCCCACCACCUCUACAGUAGGGAGAGGAACUGGGAUGGCAGUUCAGGACGACUUUGCUGACUUCAUGGCGUUCGGGAGCUCGAGAGAUCAAAGAAACGAGACCAGCUCUGGAGACGGGGGUGGAGAGGCCCAGACGGAGACGUCCCAGCAGAGGCAGCAAAUCGGCACUGAUAAGUACGACGUCUUCAAGCAGCUUUCACUAGAAGGUGGCCUGGCCUAUGACGAUAACAAAGAAAGCGGUGGGGGCUCGUUCUCGUCACUCAAGAGCGACAAUGACGACUUUGCAGAUUUCCAGUCCUCCAAAUUCUGUACGGCGCUGGGCGCGUCCGACAAGAGCCUGGUGGACAAAGUGGCUGCUUUCAAGCAGGCCAAAGAGGACUCUGCCUCCGUGAAAUCCCUGGACCUCCCGUCCAUUGGGGGCAGCAGCGUGGGGAAGGAGGACUCGGAGGAUGCGCUCUCAGUACAGCUAGACAUGAAGUUGUCGGACAUGGGUGGAGACCUGAAGCAUGUGAUGUCUGAUAGCUCUCUAGAUCUCCCUGGUUUGUCAUCCCAUCAACCCCCUGCUGCAGAGUCUGAUGAUUUAAAAUUUGACCCCUUUGGCACAUCCGCUGUCAGCAGUCUUGGCAGCUACGACUGGUCUGACAAGGAAGAUCUCUCGUCUGGUCAAGGUAAGAAGCACCAGGGAGGACUGCCAUCUUCAGCUGUCGUCCAGAGGAAAGAGACGUAUUUCGGGAGCUCAGAGAACAUCACCCACACCACAGUUGCCAAGGUGACUACCUUCCCAAUUGAAGAUGGUGGCUCCACCACCGAAAGCCGGUUUGAUGCCUUCGCCGACUUUGGCUGCAUUGAGCAGGCCGGUCAAGACGACAACGAUGACUUUGGAGACUUUGCCAGCACCGUUUCUGAGAAAUCCGACUCGCCUCCUGGAACCACAGAAGCGGAGGGCAACCAGGGUGAAUUGACAGAUGAGUUUGGAGCCUUCCAAGGUGACAAGCCCAAAUUUGGCAAGUCGGACUUCUUGAAAGCCAGCACGCAGGCCAAAGUGAAAUCCAGUGAAGAGAUGAUCAAGAACGAACUCGCCACCUUUGACUUGUCUGUGCAGGGAUCCCAUAAGCGCAGCCACAGUCUGGGAGAGAAAGAAAUUGUCCGGUCCAUCCCCUCUCCUGCCCCUGAACAGCCCUUCAGAGACCGAUCCAACACCCUAAAUGAAAAACCUGCGCUGCCGAUCAUCCGAGACAAGUACAAGGACCUCACAGGAGAGGUGGAGGAGAGUGAGCGAUAUGCGUACGAAUGGCAGAGGUGUUUGGAGAGUGCUCUGCAGGUCAUCACCACCGCCAAUAACACCCUUAAUGGCAUCAGCAGCUCCACGGUGUGCACAGAGGUCAUCCAAUCAGCACAGGGCAUGGAGUACCUGCUGGGUGUGGUGGAGGUGUAUCGUGUGACCAAGCGUGUAGAGCUGGGGAUAAAAGCCACGGCCGUUUGUUCAGAGAAACUGCAGGAGCUGCUUAAAGACAUCAGCCGCGUGUGGAACAAUCUGAUGGGCUUCAUGUCACUGGCAAACCUCUCUCCUGAUGAGAGCUCACUGGACUUCUCCUCCUGUAUAUUGAGGCCAGGCAUUAAGAAUGCCAAAGAGCUGGCGUGUGGAGUGUGUCUGCUCAACGUGGACUCGCGCAGCAAGAAGAAAGACGAGAACACUUUUGGACGCCUGUUUAAAAGAGCACUGACAAAAGACAGUCGCUCCAAAUUAAGGGUAGGAUGCACUCUGUGUUUGCAAUCAGAUAGUAAUUAACCUUUCCGCCAGCUAAACAAGGUCAGUUGAAUUAGGAUGACCUUUUCAGUGACUCUGAGCCACCUGUUCAUCUGCAGAGAAACAGAGCUUGUGCUGCAGCUGCCGCCCCUCACAGACACACACACACACACACACACACACACACAUGUACGCGUAUAUACCACCGGAUCAGAUGUUUCAUCACACAACAUUGUUCAAAUUUCUUCUCAGACACACAUCUUUGUACUACAACAACAAGGCAAGGCUGGAAAGAAUUGAGAAAGUGUAAGUGUGUAAGAGAGACAGACAGAUAGACAGGGAACUCAGGGAAAUCUGAUGUUCUCUAUGAUGCUUUAAAAUAACUCUUGACCAGGGUUUGGUAUCGCCAGCUACCAUACAAUACAGUAGAUAUUAGGUUAUGUUUACAUGCAGUAGUUUUCCUCAAUCCAGUUCAGUUUCAGAUUCUGAAAGUUUUCUUUAUAAGAACCUUAAAUUCUGCAAUCCAGUUUGUUUUCUUUGUGCAUUACAUGUAUUUAAAAACAGAUUUCAGGAAGAGUAGGGUUGGGGAUCGAAUAUCUAUUCAUAUUCCUGAAUUGGAUACUUAAAGGAAAACUCCACCAUUUUUGAAAGUAGGCUUAGAAGGUCAGGAUUUGGAUACUUGUUGUCAAAUGAAAAUUUUGAUUCCGCCUAUCAAUUUCUAUUACAUAGCUCCAAUAAAUGGUUUGCAAAAAGGAGACACAGGAUAAAUGUUUCAUAUCGUUAUUUAAUCACAUUGGAAUCAAAAAUGGGAAUCGAAAAAUAAUCUGAAUCGAUUAGCAGAAUUGGAAUCGGAACUGAUAAAAUUCAAACGAUACCCAACCCUAAGCAAGAACGUUAAGAACCAAAGAAAUCCAUCACAGUAAUGCCAUCAGAGCUACUGCAUGUAUGACUGUUGUUAUUGCCCUGACUGUCAGAGGAAUAUUUUAGCAAAUAUUUUCUCUUUUACAAACCAGUUUUUAAGACAUGAGAUUUAAAUAAACAUAUGCGCAUUUGUAAGACGUAUAAUAUAUGUAAACCUAUGCAUCAUGGCAUUGUGCAUCUGUGUGAGCCGUUUUUAAAUCCAAUUGAGCAAAUAAUUAGAUUUAAGUAUUUGCAUGUUUAAUUUUUUGCCGUUGAUCAGAUAUUUUUAGGUCUACACAGGUCCUUAUUUAAUUUUGAUUUUAAUUUUAAUUUUGAGCUCAGUUCUGUAGUUUGAAGUGUUUACAUGAAGGAUUUUCAGACCGAGUCAAUUAUAAACAGAUUCAUUUGAUUACAUUUUAUAUUCCAUAAUUAUUUUUAUUUAUUUAUUUAUUUAUUUAUUAUUAUUAUUAUUAUUAUUAUUAUUAUUAUUAUUUAAUCCCAAAUUUUUAAAGAUCACAGACUGAGAAAACAUAAGAUGAGAAGUGAUACGAGAAUAAAGUUUAAAUAUUUUAAAUAGUCAAAAUGUUGCAUACUGUCCCACAUUCUAUGAUCUUCUGCUAAUAAUUGAAUUUAAAUCAGUUCCAGUGAACUUCUCCCAGUGCUCCCAAUCCCCAGUGCUUGCAUGCACAAUAUAGGCUAUAUACGCACAAAAAAAAUUAUGAUUUAAUGAUUUAUGUGAUUUAAAAAUUGGAAUUUUGACUUUAUUAUUGAAAAAUGUUGACUAUUUUCAUAAUAGUAACUUUGUUGUCAUAAUAUUUCAACUUUAUUCUUGUAAAAAAAAUGUUUUUAUGUGGCAUUAAAAUGCCAUCGUAGAACUUGCGUUGCGAUUUAUAACGUUGCAAUUAUUAAAGUCGCAAUUGUUAAAUUUAAAGACGCACUAUGAGACAAAGUUGCAAUUACAAGAAGUGAAGGCAAAAUUGUUACUCCGGGAAAGAUACAGACCUCAUUAGAGAACUGUAAGAUAGCAGUGUGCACACAAAUAGAUACAAACAUCAAGAUCCCCUUGUGAUUUUAAUGUUGCUUUUUUAACAAACAAGAGAAUUUGAAUGAUGUGAGUAUCAGUGUGGGAGAGCAUGAUUCACACAUGAGUCAUUUCUCCUUCCAGCAUCAGCUCCGAUUUUUCAUAGGAGCUUCCUUCUGCAUAACAUCCAUAUCAUCACUGCCUUAUCACAAAUGCACGAGUACAGCUGUGCCUUUCAGAAUGAAAGCACACUCACACGCUGCACAUCGAUGUAUUGAGUGAAGUUCACCGGGUUCUUGUUUCGCUUCUCUGUAUAUAGGGUGUAUGUGGGUGGAUUGCACACUUCUUUUUCUCUAUUGAUCCUACAAAUGAUGUCAGUCCGGUGUUGGACUCUCAUCUCUUCUAUAGAGUGAUGAAAUACCACACUGCAGUCAGAUAUGACUAGAUAAAUGUGCUGUCUAACACGUAGUUUAGAGACGCAGGUUGAAUGUAGUAUUGUUGAGUCAAGUCGGUGACUAACAGAGACCCUGCUUAUUGUACUGAAGCUGAAUCUGGGUUCAAUAGAUUUUAAGUUUUAAUUGGCAGCAUCUGUGACGUGCUGCGAGUGGCCGAAAGGUAAUUUCAACAUGUCCUUUCAGAAACACACGAAAGCAGGUUGUGUUUAAAUGCGUUUGAAAUAACCCGUUUUUGUAGACUAAAAAUCAGUCCCUCCAAGAUGUAAAUGAGUUUGUUUUUCAUCAGAACAGAUUUGGAGAAAUGUAUUAUUACAUCACUUGCUCACCAGUGGAUCCUCUGCAGUGAAUGGGUGCCGUCAGAAUGAGAGUCUAAACAGCUGAUAAAAACAUCUCAGUAACCCACAAGUAAUCUACAUGACUCCAGUCGAUCAGUUAAUGUCUUGUAAAGUGAAAAUCUGUGUGUUUCCGAGAAACAUCCAUCAAGAUGCUUUUAACUGUAAACCGUCGCAUCUUGCCAAAAUACCAUUAUCCAUAAUAAUCUCUUCCACAGUAAUUCGAUAUUUCUCCAAAUCGGUUCUGAAACACACUCAUGUACUGUACAUGUAUGGCCUGAGGGUCUAUUUUGAGCAAAUUACUAAUUUUAUUUUAAGUAUUCCUUUAAAAUUUGAAAUGAGGUUUUAUUGUUAGAUUAAUAUAA